AUGGGGCUGCAGCCCCUGGAGUUCAGCGACUGCUACCUGGACAGCCCCUGGUUCAGGGAGCGGGUGAGAGCCCACGAGGCCGAGCUGGAGAAGACCAAUAAGUUUAUUAAGGAGUUGCUGAAGGAUGGGAAGAACCUGAUCGCCGCGACCAAGAACCUUUCAGCAGCCCAGAGAAAAUUUGCCCAUUCUCUGAGAGACUUUAAAUUUGAAUUCAUUGGUGAUGCAGAGACUGAUGAUGAAAGAUACAUAGAUGCAUCAUUUCAUGAGUUUUCAAACUUUUUAAAAAAUCUUGAAGAACAAAGAGAAAUUUUGGCAAUCAGUGUUACUGAAACUCUGAUCAAACCUUUGGAAAGAUUUAGGAAAGAGCAGCUAGGAGCUGUAAAGGAGGAAAAGAAGAAGUUUGAUAAGGAGACAGAGAAGAACUACAGUUUGUUAGAAAAACAUUUGAAUUUAUCAGCUAAGAAGAAAGAACUACAAUUACAAGAGGCAGAUAACCAAGUGGAGCAGAACAGAAAACACUUCUAUGAGCUGUCCCUUGAGUAUGUGUGCAAGCUGCAGGAGAUCCAGGAGCGGAAGAAAUUUGAGUGUGUGGAGCCUAUGCUAUCAUUUUUUCAGGGUUUGUUCACUUUCUAUCACCAGGGAUAUGAACUUGCUAAAGACUUCAGCCAUUACAAAACGGCCUUGCAGAUGAAUAUACAAAAUACACGAAAUCGUUUUGAAGGAACAAGGUCAGAGGUAGAGGAGCUCAUGAACAAGAUCAGAAGAAAUCCUCAGGAACAUAAAAGAGCAAAUCACUUCACGAUGGAAGGCUACCUCUAUGUCCAGGAAAAAAGGCCUGCUCCCUUUGGUUCCAGUUGGGUGAAGCACUAUUGCAUGUACAGGAAAGAGACAAAGAAGUUUUCCAUGAUCCCAUUUGAACACAGAUCAGGAGGCAAAGUUGGUGAUGCAGAACUCUUUGUCCUUACAUAUUGUACCAAAAGAAAUGCAGAUACAAUAGACAGGCGAUUCUGUUUUGACUUAGAAGCUUCAGACAGGCCUGGAGUUCCUGUCACCAUGCAGGCAUUUUCUGAGGAAGACAGGAGGCUGUGGAUGGAAGCCUUGGAUGGAAAAGAAGCUCUUCUCAUCAACUUGAAUAAAGCGAAUGCAAAACAAGAGGGAAGUGCACAGUUGGAUAAGAUAGGGUUCACCAUCAUCAAAAAGUGCAUCAGUGCUGUUGAAACACGAGGUAUAAAUGACCAAGGAUUGUACAGAGUUGUGGGGGUGAGUUCAAAGGUCCAGAGGCUUCUGAGUUUGUUGAUGGAUUGUAAAACCUGCAAUGAAGUUGAUCUGGAAAACUCUGUAGAUUGGGAAGUGAAGACAAUUACUAGUGCUAUGAAGCAGUAUCUGCGAAGCCUUCCAGAGCCACUGAUGACAUACGAGUUGCAUGGAGAAUUCAUCGUUCCUGCCAAAAGUGGGAGUCCAGAAUCUCGAGUCAAUGCUGUUCACUUCUUGGUCCACAAGCUCCCAGAAAAGAACAAAGAGAUGCUGGAAAUUCUGGUGAAACAUUUAGCAAAUGUUUCAAAGCAUGCCAAGAAGAAUCUAAUGACUGUGGCAAACCUAGGGGUAGUAUUUGGACCAACCUUAAUGAGGCCACAGGAGGAAACUGUAGCAGCCAUCAUGGACCUGAAGUUUCAGAAUAUUGUCGUUGAAAUCCUGAUAGAAAAUCACGAGAAGAUUUUCAAAACCCUGCCUGAUGCUUCUUUCCCUGAGCCAAUCUCUAUGUCAGUAUCUCCUCCAAAUGCCCCACCAAGGCAGUCAAGAAGACAAGGACAGCGUAUUAAGAGGCCUCUGGCUGUUUACAAUCUCUGCCUGGAGUUGGAUGAUGCUGACAGUCACAGCUCUCCCAGAGAAGACACCCCAACUGGGAGCAUGGAUUCUCUUUCUUCCCAGUCUCCAACACCUGCAUUCUCCAGCAGCCCCCUUGGGCUCUUGGAUGAAAAUCACCUUAUCAUGGACAGUGGAGAUCUUGCAGGCUGGACAACAAAUCUUCCUGCUCAAAGCCGCCCGUCGAUGGUCUCAUGGAUGAACAUUCCAUCUGCUACCCCGGCUGCCACAGAUGCUGCACUACCCAAUUUCAUCUUCCCCAGCCCUGCCACUGGCACUGACAGAGCAGUGGAAAGUGUUGCCCACCGAAAAGCAAGAGCAGUUUAUCCAUGUGAAGCAGAACACAGCUCUGAAUUGUCAUUUCAGAUAGGAGCAAUAUUUGAAGAUGUGCAAUUUUCCAGAGAGCCAGGAUGGCUAGAAGGCACGUUAGAUGGCAAGAGAGGACUUAUUCCACAAAAUUAUGUUCAGUUUUUAUAGCUUUGUGCAUUGAACGCCAAGAAGGUGUACAUGGUAUCCAUGGAUUUUUGUUCUAGUCACUUGUCUCUACUUUUGUGACUGCUUUUAAUCAGUGAAGAGCUGGACUAUGGACUGAAGAUCUUAAUCUGUAUAAAGACAUUAAGUGUUGCCAAAUAUGAAUUAGAAAAAAAAUGAUUC